GGAGAGGGAGAGGGAGAGGGAUGGAACUCGGAAAAGUUGAAACCUGCUUAGAAGAAUAUGCUGCGGUGUUAGUUUGUUACGAGAGGAAAAGUCUUCUUUGCCCCUGAUACCAGAUUCGUAACCGUAAGACCCAAACUCACCAGCCUCAUCAUCUUUCUCAGUUUCUCUCUCCAACGGCACGGUGGUUGUGGUUCACCGUUAACUCUUUUGGUCUCAGCUCAGUCAACCAUGAAGCUGUCCCUCAAGUUUCAGGGUCAAGAUGAAAACCACCACCACAUGACGGCCAAGUUACCCAUCACCAUCUUCAACCACCCAUUCCUUUCUACCAUCACCGCCUCCUCCUCCGCAACCGCCUCGGGUUCCGACUUUUGCUUCUCGCUCUCCACCAACUUCCCGUCAGGCCCGUCCCUCAAGGUCUCUUACUUCCCCACCGCCACCUCCACCGCCACGGCUUCCCUCCCGUUCUCUCUUUCCCUGAAAUCCGGGUUGGGGCUGAUGGGGUGCCCUCGCCACUCCCCUCUGGUGUUCUCUGCCAGCUUCACCCUCUCCCCUUCCUACGCCCCUCUUCCCUCUUUCUUCCUCCACCUCAAGCCCCAAUUCGGUCAUUUCUCCCUCAACAAAACCGUCUUCUCCGAUGCUAUUCCCCCUCCCGAACCUACCAAACCCUAUUUCGCCACUGCUUCCCUCGAUCGUAAUGGUUCUUCUUCCGGUUGGCAAGAGAUGAAACUGGAGCCUUUUGGUGCCAGAGACAACAACAACCACAAUGAUCGUAUUAAUGAUACCCCUGGAACUGUGUUUGUUCCUGAGAGUGAGAAGAGGAACAACAGAAACGGUGAACGACGCGGCGUUUCAGCUGGUGUUGCGGUUAUGGCUAGGACAGUGGUGCCUGUGACGAAGGGGCUUCUGUUGAAUAUGCGUUGGGGAGUGAACUUCCCGGAGGAUUGGGGGUUGAAGAUGCCGUAUUUGACAGUAAACAAGAUUGGGUUAGAGAGGGUUGUUGAGGAAGCUAAGCAAGAGAAUGAAUAUAAUAAGAAGGGAAGGGAUUUGCAGAUGCUGAAGGGAAUGUGUUUGUGGAUGAAGAAGGACUUGGAGGAUGCAGAGAAGGAGAAUAGGGAGAUGAAGCAGUUGUUGGAUGAGAUCAGAGUUAGAAGCAAUGGUGGUGGUAACGGUGGGAGGAAGGUGUCGCAUUCGCAGCAUUCGAGUGCAGGGUCUAGCGAGUUUGAACGUUGGAGAAGCAAGAAGAGUGUUAGAGAAGCUAACGAGAAGAAAGAAGCGCCAUCACCACCACCACCAAAACAGAGUGUAGCGAGUGAUGUGGAAUCUGAAUUGCAGAAAGCCAUACAAGCAGCCGCCGCAGCUGCUGCUUCCUCUUAGCAAGAAGGAGGUCAUUUACUCAUUUUUAUUCUGAAUUUGCAGUGCUUUCAAUGUACAUAAAUUCUGAGCUUCUGUUUCUUAUUUGAUAUCAACAAUUGAUAAAAUGGUACUACUUCUAUAUGAA